AUGACAACAGCGUCGUGGGAUGAAUAUAUUGAUGAUUUGAUAGCUAGGUCAAAUUUAGGAUGUGGGAACAGUCACAUUGAUAAAGCAUGUAUAAUAGGUAUCGAAAACGGAGACAAAUGGAACACGGAUAGUCAUGCAAAAGCGUUAAAAUUAAGUCAGGCUGAGGCAACAAAUAUUGCAAAAUGUUUUGCUGAUAAGAAUUUUUCCAAAUUUAUCGAAAGUGGUGUGGUUGCUGAAGGUUGUAAAUAUGUCUUCCUAAAAGAAGACGAUAAGAAAAUUGUAUACGCUAUAAAGAAAGGACAAGGAAGAUUGACAUUAGGAAGAUCUAAGACUGCUAUUGUCAUUGCUCAUUCUCUUUCCAAAGAUGAACAUUUGGGCAUACUGGGCAGAGCAGACCAAGCUGUACAUACCAUCACAAGGCAUAUGGAGUCGUUGAACGUGUAG